AGCUGCCUGGAAAUCUUGUGUAGCCAUGGUGGAUUAGAAGCUGAGAGGAAAGAUAAAUGCAACAGAACGCUGCAUGAUGUGGCUACUGACGACUGCAAACAUCUCCUGGAGAAUCUGAAUGCUCUCAAAAUCCCUUUGCGGAUCGCAGUUGGCCAGGUAGAGCCAGCCUACUGUGGCACGGAGGACCUAGAAAUGGAAAGCACCAUAUGCGUGCUCAAUAUCCGCAAGCAGGCAACAUGGGAUGAUUUUUCAAAAACAGUGAGCCAGGCAGUAACAGUCUAUUUCCAAGCAGUUGCCUCUGAUGGGUGGAGGAACCUGGGAGACCUGCCGCUUAACAACACAGCGGAAUCCAGCAUGGGCCUCACUGCAAGCAGCAUAUCGUCCAUCAAGCUUGGCAAUGUUUCAUGGUCAGUAGGCCAGACGUUUCCCCAGCCACCUUGGGAGUUUCUGAAAAGGAACCAGGUGGAAUAUAUAGUCAUAUUUUUGCUGGGUCCUCAAGAAGGCUGCCUGCACAGUGUGGCUUAUGCCUCAAUGAUCCGUCUUCAGACUCUGCAGAAUUACCUGAGGCUGGUGGAACAGUACCGUAAUGUUAUCUUCCAUGGUCCAGAAGGAAGCUUGCAGGAUUAUAUAGCCUACCAGAUAGCACUCUGCAUGGAGCACAAGCAACUGGCUUCAGGGUUCAGCUGUGAAAUAGUCAGAGUUAAGAUAGAUGCUGAUUUCUCCAAGGAGCAACUGGCAGAAUUGUUCAUCAGUACUGCUUGCCUGAUCCCAGUGAAACAGCCUUCUGUAAGCAAGAGAAUCAUUGUAAUUUUGGAGAAUUUGGAAAAGGCUUCAUUGUCAGAAUUACUGGGGGAGUUUCUGCAACCUCUUGAAAACCGUGGCGCUGAUAACCCCUAUACUUUCAAGAAAGCCAAUGGAGUGUCGGAUGCAUACUACUUUCAUGAGAACUGCUUUCUUAUGGGAACCAUUGCGAAAUCUCGGCUUCAAGGCUCUGACCUGAUAGUCCAGCAACAUUUCUUGUGGGUCCAGCUCCGAUGUGAUGGGGAGCCAAUCCAUGGCCUCCUCCAAAGGUUCUUGCAGAGGAAAGUUUUAAGCAAGUUCAGAGGUAAAAUGCCUCCUCCAUGUGAUCCAGUGUGCAAGAUGGUAGAGUGGAUACUUAGAGUCUGGCACCAGCUGAACUCGUGCUUGUCACGCCUGGGCGCACCUGAAGCACUUAUUGGGCCAAAACAUUUCUUUUCUUGUCCAGUGGUGCCUGGUCACAACCAUAGCACAGUGAAGUGGAUGUCCAAAUUAUGGAAUGCUGUCAUCGCACCCCGAGUUCAAGAAGCAAUUCUCUCAAGAGCUUCUCUGAAAAGACCAGCUGCACUGGGACAGGCAGCAAUCAAGAAAAGUCCAAGCCAAGGGCAGCAGGCUGUGGUGAAAGCUGCUCUCAGCAUCUUGUUAAACAAGGCUGUUCUGCAUGGCUGCCCUCUUCCCAGAGCAGAACUGGAUCGGUACAUUCCUGAUUUUAAAGGAGGAAACUUCCCUCUUUCCGUGGUAACGAGCUAUAAAAAUUGCUCCAAGAAAAAGGGGGAAAGCGCUGCUUGGAGAAAAGUGAGCACAAGUCCUCGUAAGAAGUCAGUCCACUCCUCAGCCCAGUCGUGGAGUAAGAAAGAAGAAAAUUUAGAAGGAGUACAGUCAAAGAACAUAUUCCGGGAAAAUGGCAACAAAAUGGCCUCUCUGACAAAAAACUCUCUAGAGGAUGAUCCACUAAGCAUGGACCAGAGGCUGUCCCUUGGUUCUGAUGAUGAAGUUGACCUUGUACAGGAGCUUCAGAGUAUGUGUUCAAGCAAAUCCGAGUCUGACAUAAGCAAGAUUGUCAGUUCAAAGGACGAGCUGAUGGUGAUGAUCAGUAAUUCUCAGAAGGAUCCUGUGCUUUCAGCGAACAUCAUCAGUGCAAAUACAUCAGCACCCCAGCAGGAUGGGGAUCCCAGGGCCUGCCCUCUCAGCAGUAGUCGACCUAUGGAAUGCAGCAACAGUAAACCAAAAACUGAAUCUUUCAAGAGUGGCAUUUCGAGAGUGAAAUCUUUUCUUCCUGUACCGAGAAAUAAAGUCAGCCUGUCUUCUCAGAGCACUAAGCAAAGCAGUAGCAGCAGCAAUACAAGGCAAAUAGAGGCAGUGAGUGACUCAAAAGAAGAAAUUUGGAACAUGCGCCAAAAAAAUACAACUUGAAAAAUACGAAUAAAUACCUGCCUCCCAUUUAUUUUAAUUUUUUUAUCCUUCUUCAUCCUUUCUGUAAUUUUAGUUACCUUGGACAACAAAUUCAUUCUCAUGUGUAAAUAAUUUUUAAAUUGUUUUCUUCAUUUAAAAUGGUGUAUAUGGGACCACAGUGUAAUUUCUAUGUAAAUAUAAGCUGUUUAUAGUGAAAAUAUUAGAUUACAUCAAAUUGAUCCCUUAAUAGUAGAAACUGCUAGCUUCUUAAAUAAUUUUCUAUUCAAAAAUGUUCUGUUGUUUAAUUAUAUUCAGGGGCAUCACCACGAAAGUGUGGGGAUAUGUGUGCACACAUGCAUACCUGUAAAUAUAAUAUAAAUAAAUAUAUAUAUAUAUAUACACACACACACACACACAUAUAAAGACUUGAUCCAGAGAUACCUAUGUACAGAUGAGUGCUGCACACAGCUAAUGCCACAUAUGACUCAUCAACAGAGACCUGUAGUCUCCAUUGUAUUAGAAUGUCUGUAAGGGCCAACAGCUAAUCCACAACUUCAUUGCCCUUGUGGUCACUUCUGCUGUGCAUCACUGUAUACGUCAGCAGGACUACUCCACUAGUCUGUACGGGCCUCCCGUGCAGCUCUCUGCAUAUGGAAGAACUCAGUGGCGGCUUCUUCCUUUUCCGCAUAAAGCAGGACCCAGAAGGUUGCACACAUCAAAACACUCUCUUGUACGUGCAACAUCCCUGCAGCUUGCACAAGGAGGAUUAGUGGAUUGAGGAUGUUAAACUUUCUAAUAAUUAUAUGCUGAGUUUCCUGUGUUCUGUAUCAUACUUUAGGUUGCACAGUUCUGUACAUUACUAGCUUCAAGCUAAUGUAAAUGUGUUUUCAAGGCAAAAAAAAAGUUUCUAUGUUCACUUUUGGAAAAGUGAAUAGAAUGUGGCAAUAAAGGGAAGGAUGGGGAAUACUGCCCAGUUACUUUCAGUUAUCAUCUACAUUAAAUAUUUCAAUUGGCCAGAGUACUGGGUGGCUUGGCUUAUUUCUUGUCUCUUUAUUUUGCUGCUUUGAUUUGGCAUUCCAGUUCCCUCUAGAAUUAUGAUUUGGGCAGAUUUUGCUUUUCUGUUAUAAACAGAAACCACAAAGCCAUCAUAAUAAGUAAUCUGUGGUCAUUUGUCCCAUAUGUCUGGUGUGCAAAGGGGGGGGGGGAAAUCACUCCUAAUUAUAUGAAUUACUGGAUAUGCUAUAAAUCCUUUCCCCAAAUUUUCACUCUUGACACACAUGAAUUUAGGACAUCUUACAGUAAGAACUCUUUUUGUUAAAACACAGGACUAAAUAAACAACACAGUUAUCAGGAGAGCCAGUUUGGUGUAGUGGUUAAGUGUGCAGACUCUAAUCUGGGAG